CAAGCCUCAGUGAAGCCACUCUAGCGGGUGAUGUUGGAUAUUGUCGGAGUUAAAGUGUCCGGUCCCGCUCUGAACGCAUAGAAGCAAACAACGUUUCCAGCCUGUUGCGGGACAGAAAGCAGCAGUGAAGAGCUCAGACUGGUCAUGGCAAACAAGUCUUCUCCAGGCUGGUUUGGAGUCUUUCUCUCUACAGCAACCUUAGCCAUUAUUGUGGGGAGCCCGGUCAGCGCUCAACAUCCGAGGGGCCGGUUCCACCGUCCCACCAGGACUUCUGAGCCUCUUGUGAUUCCGGCCCGUGUUUCAAAGGUUUACCUGACCCCUGAUCAGCUCAAACGGCUGCACUUUAAACCCACCAUUGGCACCAUCCAGCUGUCAGAGGGUCAUGAAGCUAAAUUCAACUGCUCCAUCGACAUCCCAGAUGCCAGGCUAGAGCCCCCCAUCCUCUGGGUGAAGAAUGGCCAGGAACUGGUAGGAAGUGAACAGGUGGUGAUCAACGAGCUCCAGACUGUCACAGAUGGGGUCACAACUCUCCUCUCUACUGUCAGAAUUAAUCACGUGCAGCGAGUGGAUGCAGGAGAGUAUCGCUGCAGAGUGAGCGUCAGCACGAGGAUAGUAGAGUCUCAGCCGAUCACUAUCGAGGUGGAAGGUUUACCGACAUUUAUCCAGCAACCAGAGGACAGAAAUGUAACCAGAAGCUCACCUUUCACAUUGUUAUGUGAGGCAGUCGGACCUCCAGAUCCUGUUCAAAUCCGCUGGCUCCGUGAUGGAUUAGCUGACAGUGACUUUCAUUUCUCCCCCAGCAGCUACUCUGUGUCAGGUGUGGACAAGUACACUCAGUUCAGCUGUGAAGCAUACAACAUGAAGGGCGUCACCACCUCCAGAGAAGCAAAUAUCAACAUUAAAGUGCUUCCCGGCCCUGUUUCUGAUGUAACUGUGACAGAGAGGCAGUCUAAUAAGUUGAUGUUGAGCUGGAGCCCCGGACAGGAUGGUUUCUCUCCUCUAACUAAAUGCCACAUCAGGGUUAAAGAAGUGAGUCGGAGGCAAGGGGAGGUAAUGACCACCAGGUUCAUCAAUGUCACAGUGCCACCUUUCCAGAGCGAAGUCCCUGGGCUGCAGGCGAUGACAUGGUACAACUUGAGCGUUUCCUGCAGCAAUGAGGUGGGAGCCUCUCCAGUCACCGUGUGGAUCCAGAGCAACACUACAGAGGGAGUGCCAUCAGUUUAUCCUCGAAAUGUCACAGCACAGCUGAAUGAGUCUUGGCUGGUGGUCAGGUGGAAACCUCCCCCAGAUGAUAAGAUAAAUGGCAUCCUGCGUGGUUAUGAUGUUAUCGUCAGACAUGGCACACAAGUAAACAAGGUCCACAGUUACACCACCAUGGCCUAUGUAGAUCUGCAGGAAUUCAACACAACCUACAGUGUAGAGGUGGCUGCAUGCACGCAGGCAGGGAGCGGCAUGGUCAGCCCACCAGUCUGGGUGUUUGUGCCAGAGGACAAAUUUGUGGUGCACCCAUCGUCUAGCCCUGACACCACAGUUCCAGACUCAGUUUAUGUUGUGCUGGGUGUUGUGUGCGGUUUCUGCCUUCUGCUGCUUCUUCUCUGGGGCGCUAUCUGUGUACACAACCGGACCUCUGACUCUUGGUUUGGGCGGCUGUUUGGAGGUGGAGAGAAGCUGCAGCCGUUUGUGGAGUACAAACCCCAAAGAUCCUACAAUCGAUCAGCCGUUGGAAUUACACUUGGGAACCUUGGUGUUAGCGAAGAACUCCAGGCAAAACUUCAGGAUGUGAUGGUCACGAGGACAUUGCUCUCCAUAGGAAAGGUUCUUGGAGAGGGUGAAUUUGGGUCUGUGGUGGAGGGACAUUUAAGACAACAGGAUGGAACAUCUGAAAAAGUUGCUGUGAAGACGAUGAAAUUGGAUAGCUUUUCUCAAAGGGAGAUUGAAGAGUUCCUGAACGAGGCGGCCUGCAUGAAAGAUUUCAACCACCCUAAUGUCAUCAGACUGCUCGGCGUGUGCUUGGAAGUAGGAUCCGGACAUUUUCCCAAGCCUAUGGUCAUCCUGCCUUUCAUGAAAUAUGGAGAUCUACAUAGCUUCCUGCUGCGCUCACGCCUGGGAGAGAGUCCAGUGUUUUUGCCCACUCAGACACUCCUGAAGUUCAUGGUUGACAUUGCGUUGGGUAUGGAGUAUCUCAGUGGUCGUAACUUUCUGCAUCGUGACUUAGCGGCUCGCAACUGCAUGCUGCGUGAUGACAUGACAGUAUGUGUGGCAGACUUCGGGUUAUCUAAGAAGAUCUACAGUGGAGAUUACUACAGGCAGGGAAGAAUAGCCAAAAUGCCUGUAAAAUGGAUUGCAGUGGAGAGCCUGGCAGACAGAGUUUUUACAGUAAAGAGUGACGUGUGGGCAUUUGGAGUUACCAUGUGGGAGAUUGCUACACGAGGUAUGACGCCAUAUCCCGGCAUCCAGAACCAUGAAAUUUAUGACUACCUUCUUGAAGGACAGAGACUGAAGCAGCCAUCAGACUGUUUGGAUGAACUGUAUGAGAUCAUGUACAGCUGCUGGAGGGCCGAUCCACUAGACCGACCGUUUUUUACCCAACUACGAGAAAUGUUGGAAAAGCUCACCGAAAAACUCCCAGAGUCUUUCAGCAAGGAUGACAUCAUUUAUAUUAACACCAGCUUUCCUGAAGAGGACCCUGAUGGAGAAACACUCCCUGCAGAACACCCUGUGUUCAACUCGUCACCUUCCUGCAGCCAUCACGCAGCAGAAAACUCUGUCGUUACUGCGGACAUUCACGGGAGCCGGGAGGAUGAGGAGGAUGAGGAUGAUGAUGAUGAUGAUGAUCGCUAUGUGGUGGUGAUCUCCUCUGAUUCCUCCCUCAGAUCUCCUGCAGUGGACACUCCUCUUUUGUCAAGUGAUGCUUUGAGUCAAGCAAAUGGAGACAUGGUUACUGAUGCAACGGCUCCACGUCACAGCUCAAGUGACACUUCUUUCCUGCUGUAAAGAUUGGUACGCAGCAGAUCAAAGCUGCAAUAAAACUGCCACCAUGGUUCAUUGCACUGGGAGCACCUUGAGUUUCUCUGAUGUGGACUUUUUUUUGAAGAAUUGUUACAUAUGCAGUUUAUGCUUUACAUGGCCAGCCUACAUGUCAGUGUUAGGAAUGUUGUCUAUGUGUGUCAACAUCAGACAUGUUCAUGCACAUCUUCCAUAAGCUUAUGAUACACUGAACUGUGAAAUUGUUUACUGUAUUGAAUGUUGUGUUGCAAUGUAAAUAUAGAAAUGUACAGAAUAUUUGUAAAGUGAUAGUAUAUACUGUAAAAUAAAUGAUUCAUAGAUUUCAUUAAGACUACAUUAAAAUAAGAUACAUUUUGCCAA